CCAGCGCCCACGGAGGAUGCUGAGCCGGCAUGGCCCCCUCCACCGCAGCCCUGGCACUGUGCAUGGCACUGCUCCUCGCCUGGCGGACGGACGGAGAGAAGCUGGCAAGACCCACGCGCGUGCGCUUUGACGCGGAGAUCGCGCAUCACCUCCUGCGCUGGGAGCCGGGACACAACCACACCAGCGAUGUCCGCUACGAGGUGGAGCACAGAGUCUACGGCAGGGAAUCCUCCUUGAUGGGCAUCCCAAACUGCAUGAACAUCUCGGAGCACUCCUGCGACCUCACGUACUACACCCUGGACCCUGCCCUGCGCUACUACAUGCGGGUCAGGGCCGUGUCUGGAAACCACACGUCCCUGUGGCAAAGGACCAACUCUUUCUCCCCGCUGGAAGCCAGCCUGCGGCUGUCGGGCCAGAAGCUCUCCGUGACGGGCAACACCAUCCACGUGCAGCUGCGACUGCUCCUCAGGGCAGGGAACCUCACCGUGAAAUACGACGACAUACAGAAGUACGCGAGGCGGUACCGGGUGUUCGUCAGGAGCGCAAAGGACAACCGGACGUACGAAGUGAUGGAGAACGUCACGGAGAUCAACAUCAGCAACCUCUUCUGGAGCACGGAGUACUGCAUCAGCGUGGAGCCCAACGUGGCCAGCCGGCACAUCCACGCCAUACGUACCGCCGAGCAGUGCGUCUCCAUCGGCAAGGGAGACAAGAGCUUGGAGUUUGUCCCGAGCAUCUUCAUCUCCUCUUUCAUCACCCUGUUGCUCCUGAGCCUCCUGGGGAUUCUGCUGGUGUGCACCUACAUAAAGAAACCCGUGAGGCCACCGUCUGUCCUGAAAACUUUCAUAAAGCAGCACUCGCUCUGGGUGGAGCAGGAGUCCUCGUCCUCGGGCAGCCCGGACGCCGACUCCGUCCAGCAGCUGUUCCUGUGCCAGAAGGAGCCCCAGCAGGACGGCGUCCCCAGCAGCAGCACCAGCACAGCCCAGCCGCCCCUGGAGAAGGGCUGGAGGCUCCCAGCGUGGCCCGAGGACCAGGCGUGCCUGCUGGGGACCACGGGGAGCCGGGACAGCAGCUGCACCAGCACCGACAGCGGCAUUUGCCUGCACGCCUCCUCCUCCGAACUGAGCUACUCCUCAGGCCCUGAGCCCCAGGGCGACAAGCGGCGGCUGCCCGCUGGCGACGACAGUGGCAUGGGCUUGGAGAGCGCCUGCCCUCGCCCCACGUGCUCCUCCGGCAGUGGAAACACCGGCCCCACGGAGGCCGGGCAGCCCCACGGAGGGGAGCUUGGUCUCUCCCCCGCCGCCGCCGGCCAGGACAGCCAGCAAGACGUGGAGUUCCGCGGGUACCUGCAGCAGUCCAAGGGCACGGUGGAGCCAAGGCUGGACCCAGCCAAGGAGGUGGCCUUCUGGAGCCAUGCAGGACCCCUGCAGGGCCCGGGCAGCACGGACGUCAUGCUGGAUGUAGAGUGCUCCGAGCUGGCUGUGGCCAAAGGGUAUUUGAAGCAGUCCACCCCCGAGCAUCCCUGCAGCCAUGCACAGGACCUUGCUCCAUGGGGUGCCGCUCGGGAGUCUGCUACCUGGGACUUUUCUAGCCACGUGGGACCCCGAACCCCUGCUCUGCUGAGCUAUGGGGCUCCGGGUGCUCCCCUGGCCUCCAAAGCCGGCCCCGAGCUCCUGAAAGCUCCCUUGGACCUGAGCAUCUUCAACACCGACCUCCUGGGGACUCUGCCCCUCAUCUCCAGCCUCAGCACCAACGAGUGGCUCACGCUGCAGCUCAACCCCCUGAGCCUGCUCAACGGGGACAGCAAGGACAGCCGGCUGUGAGCCCUCCCUGUGCCGGGGAGCGGGCGCCCGCCAGCCCCACAC